GCUGGAGGAGCUCGAGGCUGAGGCUGCCGGGGGGCCGUGGGCUACCCGGCCGCCGGCGCCUCAGCGAUGUUUUACUCAGGGCUCCUCACUGAGGGCGGCCGAAAGGAGACCGACAUGCGGGAGGCGGCGUCGCUGCGACAGCAGCGCCGGAUGAAGCAGGCGGUGCAGUUCAUCCACAAGGACUCCGCCGACCUGCUGCCCCUGGACGGCCUCAAGAAGCUGGGCUCGUCCAAGGACAUGCAACCUCAUAAUAUUCUGCAGAGGCGCCUCAUGGAAACCAACCUGUCUAAGCUCCGAAGCAGCCGUGUCCCUUGGGCCUCUAAGACGAACAAACUCAAUCAGGCUAAGUCUGAGGGGCUAAAGAAGUCUGAGGAGGAUGACAUGAUUUUGGUUUCUUGCCAGUGUGCUGGAAAGGAUGUGAAAGCCUUGGUUGACACAGGCUGCCUAUAUAAUCUCAUCUCUUUGGCCUGUGUGGACAGACUGGGACUCAAGGAGCAUGUCAAAUCCCACAAGCAUGAAGGAGAAAAGCUUUCUCUACCCCGGCAUCUCAAAGUAGUGGGCCAGAUUGAGCACCUAGUGAUCACACUGGGCUCCCUCCGCCUGGACUGCCCAGCAGCUGUGGUUGACGACAAUGAGAAAAACUUGUCCCUUGGUCUACAGACUCUCCGAUCUCUGAAGUGCAUCAUAAACUUGGAUAAGCACCGGCUGAUCAUGGGGAAGACAGACAAGGAAGAAAUCCCUUUUGUGGAGACAGUCUCUUUGAAUGAAGACAACACUUCAGAAGCAUAACUACAGCCUGCAGCAUGUCUGCACGUGUGCAUACACACCGGGUUGACAGAUUGAGAAAACUGGGUUUGAACCAAAUGCCGUAGUGACUUGCUGUGGACCAAGUCCUUCCAUCUAAUAGAAGCCCCAGGGGCUCCUUCCCAUUCAGACCUCUCUAGACUAUAGUCUAUGCUUAGAGAUCUUGUCUGGUUAUGGCCAUUGUUUUUUACUACUUUGAUCACUUAACUUAUAGACCUUUUUUGACACUGCCAGUCUCACUUGUGGCCUAUUUCUCUGCUUCUUCCAGGAAUUUGCUUUUAUUAGUCAAGUAUAGGGGCUGCCAGGUUCUGUGUCUCCAUAGAUAUAUUUGCUUCUUUUCCUAUAGCUAAAUGUAUAAUAAACAGGAACCUGACCUUUACCUCCUUUCAGCUGUUUCAAACAGGUGCCAGGAUACCUAUGUCUUAGAAUUAGAGUUUCUUCAAAUUGAUUCAUUGAUUUCUCAAGUAUGGAUUAUGUGAAAGAGCCCAGGGACAUCAUCCAUUACAGUUUAACUCUUUCAUUUAAAGGUCCAGAGAGGCAAGUGAAUUGUCUAAGUUCAUAUAUUAGGUCAGUGACUGAAGGGACCAAGAACGCAGACCUGAUUUCCAAGCCAAGACUCCCAUGCUGCCUCAUUUGUAUUCAAGCCUUUAACAGGAGGGCAAAGAGGUGAGAAUGCGUUAAAAAAAAAAAAAAAAAGGCAGAGCAUGGGAGGAAUAUUCUCUGGAGAUGGAUGCUAGGAUGAUUUGGGUAGCUCUCCCUCCUGUGUGCCAAGCCCACUAAAAGUUCCUUGCCCCAAACUGUCACAUUUAGGCCCUCAUCUUGGUGCCUAAAAACAAGCGUACAAAGAUGAAUGAAAUGGUUUCUCACUAUGAACCUCUUGGAGGAAAGGAGGAACCACAGACAGAGGAAUAUUAAUCCCUCUCUGAUAUGGAAUUGAAGGCUUAAGUAAAUCAGAGUGUCACUGUCAGACAUUGAUUACUCCCAAGAUCCGAUCAGCAUUUCUGCCCAUCCUAUUAUGUGUCUGUCAAGGACCGAAGUAGCUGGAAACCAGGAGUAGAGAAAGAUGAGGGAAAAAAAAGAGCAAGGCCAGAAUAGAAGGGAGUAGACUGAGUAGAAUCAAUUGGUGGAGAGGCCUAUCUAGAUAAACCUUUCUGGGAGGCAGGGAAUGACAUUUUCAGGCAAGGAAUUGAGAUGUUCAGUUCUGUCCUGAUACAAGGAAAGAGGCAGAGCAGGAGCCGGCAAUGUUAAGGACAACUUUUUAUAACUGCCCAGUAUUUCCUGACCCCUGUCAAAGGUUGGGGAGAAUACAAGGUUUCUUGAAGCUUUUUGAUUGGGGUGUCACAUUAGGCACACAGGUGUCUAUAAUGGAAUCUCCCCUUCAGUUUGGUCAUAGAAGUGCUUGGAUAAGUCAGAAAAAUAGCUAGCUGUGGGUAUCCCUUUAAGAUAUUCCCAAGUCUACCCUGUGUCAUAGCAGUAGUUCUCAGAGUGUUUGUUUAAAGGAUCCCACUUUGAACUUUGCCAAGUACUACCAACUACCUUGUCUGGUGUUCAGCAACUGCCCCUACUGAACAGCCCUUUGGAACUCUGAAUGAUUUGGGCCUCACAAAAGCUCCCUAAAGACUAUGAACUUGGUGACUAUCAUUUGAACAACUAGGCAGCCAUACUGCAGUCAGUUGUCAUGUGGUCAUUCCCUAGGCCCCCUUCCUAUCAGCCUCUACCUAAAGAAGCUAGAUAGGAAGCUAAGCGCAGCCAUGGUUGGGAGGCUACAUCUAAAGCUCAUCAGGGGUGAUCCCGGGGUUACCAGCCUUCAGCACUCCCUCUAGCAACACCCCAUUCUCUUACCUAGUGGGGAUUUGUACCUUUCCACUGAGGCCUCUCCAUGCUCCUUCCCUACCUUUCAUGGCAAUACUUUGGCCUGCCUCUUAUCCUGGUACUAAGUUGAAGUAAAGCUCACCCUUUACUUCCCUACUUGAAAGUUCUACUCUGAGCCUUGACUCUUAGCCACAGUGAGGCAUGUUGAAGGUUCCUGCUGGUUUAUUCUUUUUUUUUUAGACAGAGUCUCAUUCUGUUGCCCAGGCUGGAGUGCAGUGGCACGAUCUCGGUUCACUGCAAGCUCCGCCUCCCGGGUUCAUGCCAUUCUCCUGCCUCAGCCUCCCAAGUAGCUGGGACUACAGGCGCCCGCCACCACGCCCGGCUAAUUUUUUGUAUUUUUAGUAGAGACGGGUUUCACCGUGUUAGCUAGGAUGGUCUCAAUCUCCUGACCUCGUGAUCCGCCCGCCUCGGCCUCCCAAAGUGCUGGGAUUACAGGCGUGAGCCACCGCACCUGGCCUUCGUUCACUUUCUUUAAAUGCCUCCAAGUUGAUUAUUCUCCUAGCUCAUGUCUCCUUGAUGUGCAUGAGGGAGCACUGGGUCUAAUUUUUGGGGGCUGAGAAGGUAAGAAGGUGAGGUCAGUUUUUCCCAGGAGUCCUAAAAAAUUCUGGUACCUUACAUUGAGGGUGUGGGAGAAAGGGUGUCAUAGUUCUGAAAAUAGGCAGUAGCAUGAAGCACCAGACCUGUCUCAUUCCUUAUUAGAUGUCUAUCUCAAAUAACAGAGUUUGAAAAAUAUUGGUUUUAUCAUUUGAUAUUUCCAUGCCUGACUCGGGAAAAUAACAUUUUCUGACUUUUUUCUAUUUUCUUGCCCUGCACAGACCCUACCUGGUACAGUUUUCCAUUUCUUAGCUCAAAGUGUCUAUACAAUGGGUUGCCUGGUAUGUCAGCUGCCCUCACUCUUGUGUAAUAGAAAUAUAUUGCCAGGCUGGGGACGUGGAGGAGACAAACUGGAUUCUUCCCUCCUCCUGUUGCCAGGCCUCUCUGCAUUGGCACUUUAUCCUUUCAGUGUUUCUGGCUGUGUUGGGUUCAUUUGUGAGACUGAUGUAACAAUAAAGUGAAAUCUUCCCCUCUG